UCGAAAGGGGAAUUCAAGGAGACGGGGGCGACGCGUUUGAGGGAGCCUCCUCGGGUUUGGGGCUACCGCCAUCAUGCCGGGGAUAGUGGAGCUGCCUACUCUGGAGGAUCUGAAAGUGCAGGAGGUGAAAGUCAGUUCUUCGGUGCUCAAAGCUGCCGCCCAUCACUAUGGAGUUCAGUGUGAUAAGCCCAACAAGGAGUUCAUGCUCUGCUGCUGGGAAGAUAAAGACCGCAGACGGUGUUUAGAGGAAGGCAAGCUCGUCAACAAGUGUGCUCUGGACUUCUUCAGGCAGAUAAAGCUUCACUGUGCGGAGCCUUUUACAGACUAUUGGACCUGCAUUGAUUAUUCCAGCUUGCAGCUAUUUCGUCGCUGUCGCAAACAGCAGGCUAAGUUUGACGAGUGUGUGCUGGACAAACUGGGCUGGGUGCGACCUGACCUGGGGGAGCUGUCCAAGGUCACCAAAGUGAAAACAGAUCGACCUUUACCGGAGAAUCCCUAUCACUCAAGAGCAAGACCAGAGCCCAACCCUGAGAUAGAAGGAGAGCUGAAGCCUGCCAAACAUGGCAGUCGCCUUUUUUUCUGGACCAUGUAAAGAUGGGUCCAUGGCCCACACUCAGUCACAUGCCCAGACAACCACUGAUGAAAUUCCCAUGCAGUUUGCAUUGACUGAUAGAGUGUUCUUUCCGGGAUCACAAACCUAACAAAAAAGUUAAUUUAUGUGACUUGGCAGUUAUUCUAUACCAUUUCCUGGCCAUUAAAAAUUUUAAAGGAAAAAAAAAAUUAAA